AUGGCUUCCUCCCCAUGUCUCAGAGGGCGCAUCAUCUCUUCGCCGCUCGAAGCUGGGCCGUCAGUUGCUGAGGGCCACCACCUCCCGGGUCAUGUCAACGACGCACUGGAAUAUGCAUCCCAGCGGCUAGGGAGGAAAGCAGCACACAUUACUCUCCUUGUUGUUCGCCGAGACUAUCAGCUGCUGACCUCGCCGAUUGCGUCCCCAACCUUCACUCCCGGAUCACCCCCCGUCUCGGCGGCCAGCACACCUUCGAGGACUGCCUUCCCAACGACUUCGAGGAUAGAAGCCCUGAAGCAGCUCGUCCGGCUGAACAACGCCGGGGAAGGACAAACACGGGAGAGGAUAGUUCAUGUCCACCUGGAUCAGGCCCGCAAUGGCACCGCGUCUCCGGCUUUCAGCGAGGCCUCAACAUUCUCGGCUUCCACAGUCUCCUCUGUGUCCACCGCCAAUUCAACAUUUAGCCACCGGCUUCGCUGGCCGGGCAGCCCAACCGCAUACGGAAGCGUGCCUCUGACGCCGGCAACCCCGUAUACCGUGGCGUCUUCGGUUUCCGGGACACAUGGAACCAACGCAGUUUCUCAAUUAGGACCACAACCCUCGACCCAGUUCGGUAUCAAACUCGUUUAUGCUCACCCCUUGAGCCCGCGGGACGAGAAGGCUCUGUCACAAGCACUGGAGAAGGCGGCAAAGAAGUUCAAGCUAGGUCCCAGCUGGCUUCCUCAAGCUGUCUCACACUCCACACUUGGACUGCCAGUCGAUUUGGUUUUGAAAUCAACCGCCCAACACGAGUCUCUCUUCUCAUCAGAGCACCUCACACUUCUGUCACUUGACCACUUGUAUACCUUUCGUACCGCUCUGCAAGCCUAUGCGCGCACAAAAGCAUCCUGCCGCCUUGAAGAUGCUGUCGACGAGCUCCGCCGCCUGUUCCUCGCCAACGGUCGCCGGGCAGUUCGCAAGAGCGCCCUGUUGGCUGCAUACCGUUGGCUCGAUCCCGUCAACGAUGCUGCUUUGGCUGACGUCUGCCGCAUGUAUGAAAGAGCGUACGGCGGGAUUGAAAAGGAGAGUGGGGUCGAGAACGAUGUCGACCCUGUGCCGGCGUGGCCGCUUGCCGAGGGAAACCGGAAUUUUGGCGAUAUGGAGCAGUCGCUUGCGAGAAGGAAAGGAGUGUCAUUGCAGGGCAGCCGAGGUGCUGAUUAUUCUCCGCACCCUGAGGAAAAAGAAGAAGACUCGCAAUCCAAAACUCCCAUUCUCGAUUUGACUGACGCCCUGGAAAAGGAGGUCCUGCUCGCCACCGCCGACCUUAGCUUGGAAGACCACUUGGAGCUCGACGAAGUCGAGAAAUGGUACCGCGAGAUUCAAAGCCAGAACAACGUGCCAGCCGGCGAGAUCCAUCCCCUGCGCUCCCAUCCGUCUAGCGCCACAGCCGUAGACGUGAUACCACCCGAGCCAUCAUCGCCACCUCCGCCACCGCCAACGACCGCCACCUGGAAAGACAGACCCUGGAGUCAUCCAGAGGAGCUCAGUCUGGAAGAAAUGCGCCGCACAACCCCCAAACUGCGUCCGGCACCUCCACGCCGCGCAGUCGCCUUGAAGCUUCAAACGACCUUUAACAAGCCGACCGUCGGCAGCAACAAAACGCAUUCCAUCCCAAAGCAGCAGCGGCCGGAAACAGAGACAGCCGGGCUGGAAAUCCAAGAAGAAGAGGAAGAACAGCUCACGGCCCGGCCGCACAGCGCCAUCAAGUCGUUUGCCAGUGUGCGUUGGUCAGCCACCAUGAACAAGAACAACAACAAUAACAACGGCAUUUCCAUAGACGAGAUUGUAAACGGCGGGGGCCGUUAUUCUCGUCAUAGUGACAGUGAUGAGAAGCACACGGGAGAACGCCAUCUUCAACCGCAGCAACGCGACGAGAGGAUCGGGCCGAUGACGCCGAAUGGGUACGAUGACAUCUCGCCGAUUACGAGGGGCGAGUGGGGAUUGUUGAUGUUUGGGAAAGGGAAGACCGCAAGGGUCGAGACGUGUUGA